GGGCCGGGCGGUGCGGUGCCGCCGGCGCCAUGGGCGAGGGGGAGCCGCUCAGCAUGGCGGACUACCUGAUCAGCGGCGGCACCGGCUACGUGCCCGAGGACGGCCUGACGGCCCAGCAGCUCUUCGCCAUCGCCGACGGCCUCACCUACAAUGACUUCUUGAUUCUCCCAGGCUUCAUCGACUUCACAGCAGAUGAGGUGGACUUGACCUCAGCGCUGACCCGCAAAAUCACCCUGAAGACCCCACUCAUUUCCUCCCCUAUGGACACCGUCACCGAAUCCGACAUGGCCAUCGCCAUGGCGCUGAUGGGCGGGAUUGGGAUCGUCCAUCACAACUGCACCCCGGAAUUCCAGGCCAACGAGGUGCGCAAGGUCAAGAAAUUUGAGCAGGGCUUCAUCACGGACCCGGUGGUGCUCAGCCCCACCCACACAGUGGGCGACGUCUUCGAGGCCAAGAUCCGGCACGGCUUCUCGGGCAUCCCGGUCACAGAGACGGGCAAGAUGGGCAGCAAGCUGGUGGGCAUCGUCACCUCGCGAGACAUUGAUUUCCUUUCUGAGAAGGACUACGGCACCCCCCUCAGCGAGGUCAUGACCAGGCGCAACGACCUUGUGGUGGCUCCAGCGGGCGUCACCUUAAAGGAGGCCAAUGAGAUUCUGCAGCGGAGCAAGAAAGGGAAGCUCCCCAUCGUGAAUGACGUGGAUGAGUUGGUGGCCAUCAUCGCCCGCACGGACCUGAAGAAGAACCGGGACUACCCGCUGGCCUCCAAGGACUCGCGCAAGCAGCUGCUCUGCGGGGCGGCCAUCGGCACUCGCGAGGACGACAAGUAUCGCCUCGACCUCCUCAUGCAGGCGGGUGUGGACGUGGUCGUGCUGGACUCCUCUCAGGGAAACUCGGUCUACCAGAUCAACAUGAUCCACUACAUCAAGCACAAGUACCCGGAGCUGCAGGUCAUUGGUGGCAAUGUUGUGACAGCCGCCCAGGCGAAGAACCUCAUAGACGCUGGGGUGGAUGCCUUGCGGGUGGGCAUGGGCUGCGGCUCCAUCUGCAUCACCCAGGAAGUGAUGGCGUGUGGCCGGCCUCAAGGCACAGCUGUCUACAAAGUCGCCGAGUACGCCCGCAGGUUCGGCGUGCCCGUGAUCGCGGAUGGUGGCAUCCAGACUGUGGGGCAUGUGGUGAAGGCACUGUCGCUCGGGGCGUCCACAGUAAUGAUGGGCUCUUUGCUGGCGGCCACAACGGAGGCUCCGGGGGAAUACUUCUUUUCAGACGGGGUGCGGCUGAAGAAGUACCGAGGGAUGGGGUCCCUGGAUGCCAUGGAGAAGAACAGCAGCAGCCAGAAGCGCUAUUUCAGCGAGGGGGACAAAGUGAAGGUGGCGCAGGGCGUCUCGGGCUCCAUCCAGGACAAGGGGUCCAUCCAGAAGUUCGUGCCCUACCUAAUAGCGGGCAUCCAGCACGGCUGCCAGGACAUCGGAGCAAAAAGCCUCUCUGUUCUGCGGUCCAUGAUGUACUCCGGAGAACUGAAGUUUGAGAAGCGGACGAUGUCGGCCCAGAUCGAGGGAGGCGUCCACGGUCUCCACUCAUAUGAGAAGCGGCUGUACUGAAGAGGCCCCCCGGAGCAGCAGCCAGCGAGCUACGCCCAACGUCCCUGCCCCUCUCGCCGCUGCCGGUUGCCCCCGCAGCUGAGCUCCCUGCCCCCCCCCGCCCCAGCGUGGAGGUCCGGCUGGGCCCUGCUGUGAGAACAGACUUGCACUACGGCGUGGCCCCCCUCGCUCUCUCUCACGGACACCACCCACUCGGACCUUGCCUGGGUGUCUGGGGGGGGGGUUGGGGAGGCGUAGUGUGAACCCAGCCCCCCUGCUUUCCCUUGGGGAGGGGGGCAGCCAGGUGGGCUCAUCAUCCUAGCCCCCCCCCAGCCCUCACGCCUCUCCUGAGGCCCCCUGGGUGGGCGUGGAAGAGGGCUGGAUCCUGUGGUGGAUUGGGGGGGCUCCCUUUUCACUUCCUAGCAAUGUGAGAGAGGGGGGCGGGGGGGCCUCCAAAUCAGCUGGGCUCUUGGCUUCUGGUGCUGGGCUGCUGCAAUGGGGGGGGGGGUCUCUCCUUCCCCUGGCAAAGCAGCCUUGGAUGCUGGGUGGUUCCCCGCCCCCCAAGUCAGACUCCUUCUGGACACCAUUCCUGCCCUCCAGCAGCAGCUGCCACACACACACACACACACACGCCAUUUGGGAUUUGGGGGGGGGGGAGCCCAAACUCUUGCUGCAAACUGCCAGGGCUGUGCCGUGUUUUUCUGGUGUCGGGUCAGCAUCUCCCUCCCGCCCCCGCCUCCAGGGCUGCACUUUCUGCGCAUGACGGGAUCCAAUGUCGUGUCCCUGUGUAUUAUUAUUACAGAAUAAAGAUCCAGAGCAUCUCUA